AAUUUUUGACGCUACCUAGACCGACAAGUUCAUGAGUUCUCAGAAUAUCGAAGAUCAUACUGGCAGCUGACGCAUCCAAUCUGUCUUAAUGAGGCUACUGAGGUGUACUGGCGGAGAAGUCAGGUCCCGGUAUAUAUUGUCUUCCUGCCGUCCAUCGCCGCCAAUAGCUGACCGAUACACUCAAUAGCCAUCCCUCGGCUCGCUCGCAGCGUCAAUCCCGACUGCAAAGAGAGCGCCCAAAUAAGUGCCCCAGGUCCGUUCCGGGUGCUGCUGCUCCUAGGUCAAGCGAGAGGUGCAUGCCGAACUCGGCCGGUCUUGACCCCGAAACGGUGGCUCAGGACGAUGGGCAAAAACCUUCACAGCCAUUAGCAGGAUGGUACGAGAUACAACCUGAUGACCCAGAUUCCGACUACGAUGACGAAUGCGCGAUCCAUGAUGAUGACAGCGCCGAUAAGUCUAGCGUCAGCGAAGAGACUUCAAACUCGCGUUACUCUCUUAUCAUUCUCUUGUUCAAGAAGAAGACACGCGACAGAGGUAUGGGCAAUGUUGUCCCUCAUUCCACCCCAGCACUGCCUUGGAAUCUUCCCAGCCAGCCUGCUCCGCCUAUCUUGGAUGUCUCUUUCGACGAUUUUGACGAUGCUCCGUUAAUUAUGAGCCGCGGUAAAAGCUCGGUGCCGCUCAAGCCCAUCACUGAGGCACCGCCGUGCUCCGCUAUCUGAGUGCCUCUAGAAGGUCUCUACUGCCAAUACAGUCCUCGAGCACCUCCAUACUUCCCACAACGUUGCGAACCUGAAGUAGUACCCCGAGAGGGUCUGCGCCAACACAAUUGAGGAUCUUCCGAGCCCUGUGAAGCACCACGUUACCGAACAAUAUGAAAGUUACCAUUCUAAUGGCUGGUGAAAGUAUUAAUUGUGAGCUAUCAAUGACGGCCAUGGGGGAAGCAAUGCAUCGGAAAAGUUUUCACGCGGCAUGCAGACAUCGAGUGCCGGUUUGACUUGCGACUGGCCGCGCGGGUUUGCGGAAAUCUAGCAUGGGUUGUUCAAUGGUUCAAGCUUCAGCCAUGGGAUCUAACAGCUUUGUUAAGAUGCAUAAUUCAGCGCAGGCAUGACAGGUACAUACAGAUACGAGUACUCAGCAAUCCCAAACUCUCGAGCAGAUCGUUGCUUGCUAGGCUCAAUAAAGG